AUGACAAUAGAAAGUGAAAACUGUAAUGUAGUAUUCUAUUACAUAAAAGAAAAUAUCUAUGAAACCGAGUUUUGUUUUGCACAGUUUGUGUAUUCAUCAGAAGUAAAAAAUAAUGUUAAGGAUGACAAUGUGGAAAAGACACGGAUUCCAUUAUUUCUUUCUAGGAUUAUGGUUUCUGGUGCUGUGCUUGGGCCUUAUGACAAGAAUAGUAUUAACUAUCAUGUAUUUAAAUUGGGUAAAUAUAAAGAUUUAAUACCAAUUAACUAUACAGAGAUUUAUACUCCUCCUUUUUUUAAUAGUAAAUCAAGUUCCUCUGACCCACAGACUGAUGAUUCAAGCUUAUCUAACUCACAGACUAAUGAUUCAAGCUCCUCUGACUCAAAGACUGAUGAUUCAAGCUCAACAAUAAUUGAAAGACAUAUGAGAGAAAGUGAUCUAAAUUAUGUUAUUAAGCACUACUAUAGCGACUUCUUUAUACGAAAUUCAACAGACUUUUAUGAAGACCCUCAGUGUUACUGCAUGAAUGUUCAACAGGAAAUAGAUGAGAAUGACUCAAAUGUAAGUAUAACUUGGGAUACAAGACUCUAUGAAAGUGUAUAUGAAUAUACAACAUAUGCAUUUGACAGCAGAAUACAAGAUGAAAGAAUCUACACAGGCACUAUUAAGCAGCCUGCCCACGCUUCUUUCAUUGACAUGCUACAGCGCAAAAAUCCUUCUCUUAAUACAGCAUUAUAUGGACACUGUUUCUACAAAACCCAUGCAGAGGUUGACUAUAAAACCAGCUCUGUUUUUUGUCUUACUAUGAAAGAUCUUUUAGAAAGAAUGAAUGUGUAUUUAAUGGAUAUAAAUGCAAAGGAUGAAAUAACCGAUCCUAUUUCAGGCGCAAAACUAAAUAAAAAGAACUAUGACUCGAGAUUCAUUCUAAAAGACAUUUCAAGUGCUAUUCAAAAUAGCAAACUACAAGAAAUUAGACAAAGUGACGAGGGUGUUUUAUCCAUAAGAGACAAUAACUACAACGGCUGUAAAUAUGGAAUUCACUAUGAUAUUUUAAGUGCUUUAAUUAAAACCUGCAUUAUUACCUCAGAAUUGCGUUUAGAACAACAAGAAAAAUAUAAACAGCGACUUUAAAAUGGCUCUAAAACCAACAAUACAAAAUAACACACUAAGAAAAUACUUUAUCUCAGUAGUAAACAGCAUUCAAUUGUUAAUGCCAGCCCAGCAAAGAGGAGUAAGUAUUUAUGGUGUAUAGUUAAUGCGUGUAUUGCCUGUCGAUUAUCCCG